ACAACAGUGUCAACACGUGAAGCGCGCAAUGGACAACAAAAUAUUAUGCAAGCGAUAAAUAAAUUUUGUGAAAAUUAAUUAAAAUUCAGUAGUAAACGUUGCAAUUGGUUAAUCAAUAUGUAUCGUUUAUUAAGCGCUAAUCGCGCUACAGCUAUGCAUAAAGUGCUGCGGUUGCCAUCGCCUGCACCAACAACAGGCUGUUGCAAUUGCGGCGGCACUGCGCACAAUUUGACCCAAUAUCAGCAAUAUUAUCAGAUGCUUUACCGUCCAGCGCCGGCAACAAUAACAACAACAACAAAUGCCACAGCUUUGCGCACACAGUCCACCACGCCCACACAAACAGACGCCCUUGCGCUGGCCAAGAAGAAACGUUUACGUAAACCGCGUUACGCCAAGUAUGUGGAGCUCCUAGAAGUCACCGAGCUCACUGCCAGCGAGCGUAAAUCCCGCGUCAAACGUUUGAAAUCCAAAAAAUUGGCGGAAUUCAUACAGAAGACUCAGAUGCAAAUAUUAGAGAAGCGGGCGCGCGAGGAGCGUCGCCUCCUGAAGAAGGGCAAAGCCAGCAACGGAGAUGUAGCACAACUACAGCUCUCGGAAUAUCAACAAAUUUUGCUGGAUGAAAGAUGGAAGAAUCCCAAAGCUAGCAACGAGGAGACAUCACAGCGACAACCCGCCGAAUAUCAAAAGAUCGAUUUAGAUGCUGUUGAUAGUUCCAUUCUUGAGGCGGGGACGUACGAUGACAAGCCCAUGAUAUUCUUUGGUAAGGAAAUGUACACCAAACAAAUCAUUGCAAAUCCGGAUGAGGUGCUUAAAAUACUAAAAAGCUUUCACAAUUAUCGGGAUAUAAUUGAGAGCAUGGAGAAUGAGCGACAGGAUAAUAUUGAGAACGAUUUGGCGAGCUAUAGCUUAAAUGCGCCUAAGCACGCAGAUGAAACAGCUCUGUUGGAUCCAUUUGAAUCGAUAGAGCCUUACAUCGAUGUUCAGCAGCCAAAAAAAGCAGCUGUGACUAUCGACGCUCAGCCCAAUGUUAAUGCCGCAACGGCAAAGUCUAAGAAGCGCUUUAAGUCAAAGGUGCAUGUCAAUGAGGAGCAGGAGCGGUUGGCCAAACAGCGUGCAUUAACCAUCAAUUUGACCACAUAUCUGAAUGUGUGUGUUUCGGCCAAUAUGUUGAGUCGUGCCCUGUCCACAAUCUUUGCCUAUCGCAGUCGCGUUAAGAAGAGCAACACGCAACAAAAGCAAAACAUCCUCUCCAUUGAUCUGUACAAUAUUCUGUUGCAUGGUUAUGCAGGCAAGGGUUCAUUGGACCGUUGCCAGGAGCUGUUCAAGCUGAUCCAUGAGGAUGGGCUGCAGUUUAACGAGCAAACUUAUGCAGCAGUUUUCGAAUGCCUUGGUCGUGUGGAGUCGGAUGCACAGAAUCAGCAAUUAAUUGAGCAGUACAUAACACAGGCGGAGCAGCAAGGCUUUAGCCUUAAUCAGAUUAUGGAUCGCUCCAAAUUUGUAUCGGAUCAACGUGAUAUUGCGCUGGACGCCAUAAGGCGGGUACGUGCUGACUUUACGCCUGUUUAUGUGCCGCCGCAGUUGGGCUACGACAACAAGCUGCUGAAUGAUCUCAAUGCAUAUGUUAUACCCUUUGGUGAAGAAGCAAAUGCAAACGCAGUGGAGGAUUGCAGAAUCAUGAGGUCCAAACUUGGCUACAGUAAAGCCCAGCUGGAGCAACUGGCACGUGAGCAGCUGCAAGUUGAACUGGACGGCAGCAUCACCAUUAAGUCCAUUGAGAAGUCUAAGCAGUUUGCCAAUUCCGAAUUUUGCCGCACAAAGCUCAAGGAACUCGAUCAAAACUGGCGCAAACAAAUCUCAGCUGCGAUAGUGCGUGAUCUGAACACGUUGCGGGCUCAGGUGCGAUUCAAGCCACAUGGAUAUAUGAACUACUACACGUACCUUAAAGUGCUAGAUUCGAGCCACUAUACGGACAUUCUCAUCAAGGAGAUUUACAAGCUGGCAGAAGGCUCUGAAACCUUCAGUCCUACAGUGGGACAGCUGUACAAGGAACUGGGACAAAAAGUGCAACAAUGCUAUCAGAUUGAACUUAAGAAACACAAUGGUACGCUGGAGAAAAUUGGAGAAAUCUACAGUUCGUAUUGUGAGCUGUGGGACAGUGGGAAAACUCAGGAUAAUACACGACAGAUGUGGCAACGUUUAGUGCACGAACAGCGGCACAGUGGACCCUCGAUGGAUUUGCCCGAGGUGCCGUGGCCAGCAAAUGUGCUCACAGGCGUGGGACGAUUUCUUUACAAUAUUCUAAUGCGGGACAUUAAAAUCGAUUCGCAUAUAAUGCGCCAGAAGGGAAAAUCCAAGACGGCGACAACGACGAUGCCACAAAAUCUGUUGCCCGCCUUUUAUACGCUGUUCCGCAACCAAGGUCGGCUGGUCAAGGAGGAGGUGAAGCCACAUCCUGUGCUGUCGCGAUUGUUGCGCGCCUCACGUCAACAGACGCUCACCUUUGACUCGAAUCUGGUGCCCAUGCUCUGUCCACCGCAACCCUGGAGUACGCCACACAACGGCGGCUAUUUGCUAAACAAAUCGGAGCUCAUACGUCUGCCGCAACAGGCUGUGCAACAAUGGGAACGUAUUUAUGCCUCCAAUCCUCAACAUCUCUAUCCGGCACUCGAUUCUCUCAAUCAGCUUGCAAGCGUGCCUUGGCGUGUGAAUACCCAACUGUUGGAAGUCAUUAUUGAAGUGUUCCAAAACGGUGGCGAUGCCAAACUGGAUGUGCCACAGCCGCCCAGCUCCCUGCCGCCGUUGCCAACGCUGCCCACGGCUGCUGCCAUUGAAAGUGGAGGAGCUAAUCCCGUCUCGCCAGCGGAGCGUGCCAAACAGUUCCGCGACAAGCUCGGUCAUCGGCGCAAACAGGCCGAAAUGUACAGCUUGUGGUGUGAUGCACUCUAUCGCCUGUCGCUGGCUCAACAUUACCGCGACAAGGUUUUUUGGCUGCCACAUAAUAUGGACUUUCGUGGUCGUGUUUAUCCCGUGCCGCCACACUUGAAUCACUUGGGCUCGGAUCUGGCGCGUUCCAUGCUGAUCUUUGAUCAGGCACAGCCGCUAGGCAUCGAUGGCUUUAGCUGGCUAAAAUUGCACUGCAUUAAUUUGACGGGUCUGAAGAAACGAGAUUCGGUGCGUGAGCGACUGUUGUAUGCGGAGGAGAUUAUGCCAGAUAUAUUGGAUUCGGCAGAUAAUCCACUCACAGGUCGCAUGUGGUGGUCCAAGUCAGAUGAACCUUGGCAAACACUCGCCUGUUGCAUGGAAAUUGCCAAUGUCGAACGUUCUCCCGAUCCCGCUGCGUAUCUCAGUCGCUUUCCCAUACAUCAGGAUGGUUCUUGCAAUGGACUGCAACAUUAUGCGGCUCUAGGUCGAGAUCAGGCUGGUGCAUGCAGUGUUAAUCUGGCACCCUCGGCUAUCCCACAGGAUGUCUACAGCGCUGUGGCGGCGCUUGUGGAACGCACACGUAAAACGGAUGCACAGAAUGGAUUGCAUGUGGCAGCGGCGUUGGAAGGAUUUGUGCGGCGCAAGGUCAUCAAGCAAACGGUGAUGACAACAGUCUACGGAGUCACUCGUUAUGGUGCACGACUGCAGAUUGCACGACAGCUGAAGGAUAUUGAUGACUUCCCCAAGGAUUGGGUGUGGCCUGCUUCUACGUAUCUUACCACGAAAACCUUUGAGAGUCUGCGGGAAAUGUUUACCUCAACGCGUGAGAUUCAAGACUGGUUCACCGAGUGUGCGCGUCUCAUUGCAGGCGUCUGCUGCCAGAAUGUCGAGUGGAUCACACCGUUGGGUCUUCCAGUGGUGCAGCCUUACAAUCGCCAGGAAGCGAAGCAUGCUCCACGCAGUGGUCUGCGCGUUACCAAUAACAUGUCGAUGGAUCUUUACGAACGUCCCAACAUUCUUAAGCAGAAGAACGCCUUUCCGCCGAAUUUCAUACACUCGCUGGAUUCAUCCCACAUGAUGCUUACCUCGUUGCAGUGUGAGAGACAAGGUCUGACCUUUGUCUCCGUCCACGAUUGUUUCUGGACGCAUGCGUGCACGGUGCCUGAGUUAAAUCGCGCCUGUCGAGAACAGUUUGUGGCCUUACACUCUGAGCCCAUUCUGGAACAGUUGUCCAAGUUUAUGCGACAUACCUACAGCUUCCGUGAUAAUGACUUUACCAACGAUGGUUCUGUGGAAGAUCUGUCCAAGCGUCAGCUGAAUCGCACUUUAAGACAGCUACCCCAGAAGGGUGACUUUGAUCUGCGCAAUGUCCUUGAUUCGGUCUACUUCUUCAGCUAGUUCUACUUCCUACAGACAACGUGCCUAAUUGUAGUCUUUAGUCAUUUAUUAUAAGCCUAAUAUUUUGUUACAUUUGUUAUACCAAUUGGAUGCUUUUAAUACCAAAAAAAAAAAAAAAACUGCAAAAGAAAAUAACCCAAACCCAACCAGUUCAGCAGCUGAAAAUGUGAUUUUUGUAAAAGUUUACAGACAAAACAUACACCUAAUAUUAAAAUGCCUACAAAGAAACAAAA